AUGAUCCGGAAUUUUACCCGUCAGAUUUCAAACGAGACCCGAUUGAACCUCAGAAGACUAUGUUUCACGGCGGCGGAGCAGAGUGGAAGAGAUUCGAGGCUCUACCGGAGAUUGUCGGCUUUAGGAGCCACAAAAGGGUCGGUUACUGAAACAAUAAAUGCGUAUACGAGAGAAGGCAGAGUUGUGAAGAAGUAUGAACUGGAAAAAUGCAUCAAGGAGCAUACCAGCAUGCUUUUGAGACUUAUAAUGGAGUGGAUGGAGAAAAGAGGUAUAAACUUUUCGUAUGGUGAUUAUGGAGUACGAUUGGAUCUCAUAGCAAAAGUUCAAGGAAUAACUGCAGCUGAAAAAUACUUUGGCAGCCUCUCACCCUCCAUGCAGAAUCAAAGCACUUAUGGAGCACUCUUGAAUUGCUACUGUGUUGAAAAACUGACAGACAAGGCGCUAUCCUUCUUUGAGAAAAUGGAUCAAUUGAAGUUCACAAAUAAAUCAUUGGCAUUCAACAAUCUUAUGUCGUUAUAUAUGAGACUAGGGCAACCAGAAAAAGUUGCCCCUUUGGUACAGGAAAUGAAGAGCAGAAAGGCUGGGCAUAACGAAAAAGCUGAGGUAGCUCUAAAGAAGCUUGAGGAAGAAAUGGGACCUCGUAAUCGUCAGGCUUACCGCUAUUUGAUUAGUUUGCACGCCAGAAUAUCUAAUCUAGGUGAGUCCCUUAGUAAGCAUAACGACAUGGAUGGUUUAAAGAAAUACUACGAGGAAUGGGAAUCAAGCUGCUCUACUUAUGAUAUGAGGCUGGCAAAUAAUGUCAUUGGAGCUUAUCUGAGACAUGACAUGUUAAACAAUGCGGAGAAAGUCUUUCAUAGUGCUUUGAAGAGAUCCCAAGGACCUUUCUUCUUGGCUUGGGAAAUGUUCAUGCUUUUCUAUUUGAGGAAGCGUCAAAUCAAUUUUGCUCAACAGUGCAUGGAAGCAAUUGCUUCUCGGAUAAAGGAAAACAAAUGGCGACCAAAAUAUGAAACCAUAAGUAAUUUUCUCGAGUAUUUUGUUGAAGAAAAAGAUGAUGGUGCUGAGGAUUUCUACAAGUUUCUGAAGAAGGUAAAUUGCCUUAGUAGUGAUGUCUAUAGUUCAUUGCUUCGCACUUACGCAGCUGCCAACAGAACAACAGACGAUAUGAGACUGAGAAUUAAGGAAGAUGGGAUUGAAAUGAGUUGUGAGCUUGAAGAAUUGCUUAAAAGUGUUUGUCCUGAAUAA